AGGGACUUUGACGUGGGGAAUGGUUUCCCAGGAGAAGUCUGGACUCCUGGAUUCUGUUCCUUCUCUAGCCUGGGUUGGGAGUGUGGCCUGGGACAGCAAGAGGGAGCUGCUUGUCCAAAGUGACAGGUGGUCUUUGUGACUGACCCCAGUGCUGGAAAAGGAGGAGACUCCCCUUGAGGGUAUUGCUUCACCAGGGAUGACGAGGGGGAUCGUUGGAAGCAGAUGAUGCAAUGAACUUCUGGCAGGUGGCCCCAGAGCCUGAGGGAAGCAGCUGCCAUCUUCCGCAGGAGCAGAGAUGUCCCUUUGUCCCCUCUGGUGGGGAAGGAGCUCCCGGCCGAGCCAGGAGGUGGAAGCGCCCAUCCUUCUGGCGGAGGAAACCCGCUCCCGGCACAAGCGCCGAGAUGGGAGGGGCAGAGGCCAGGCCGAAAUGGAGCUGUCCCAGGAUGCGCUUGGGCAGGCAAGACUCAGACAAAGAGGGGAGCCAGGCAGGAUGGCUGUGGGGCUUGUUGUGUGGGAAGCACGGGCCCCAGGAGCCCAGCCCUGAUUCCCAGCAGGAGGCAUUGCCCUGCCCAGUCACUGAGGACGUUCCAGCCUGCCCAGGGCAGAAGGUGGAGGAACCCUGUCCCAGCACCAGCAACUCAGCCCGCUCCCCAUGGGACAGCAGCAGCACCUGGGAAUCAGGAAGCAGCGAGGCCGAGGUGCGCCGCUGCUUUGUUCCAGGGACUGCCAGGGACUCAGAGGAUGAGGAGGAGGUAGCCGUGGACAUGGCCAUGAGGAGCCUACUCUCAAGAACAUCCGAGACCAGCUCCAAUGCCGAGAAAAGGUGGAAACCUUCCCCAGCUGUGCUGGAACUGAGAUUGUCCUUCCCCUUCCCAGCACCCUGACCCCCUGCACAACAUCUUUUUUCUGAUGAUCCACCAGCUCUAACAGGGACUUUUCUCCACUAUGAUCUGGGACCCCCAAAAUAGGGGUCUUUGUCACAGACCAGCCAGGGUCUCCUUCCCCAACAUGCACUGUCCCAGUUCCUGACCUUGUUUGUGUAGGAGUUGUGGGUGAUUUGGACAAUGGCCAUGUCCCCACUAUCCCCCAUUCAUGCCUGAGUCCUGCAGCUGGUGUGGGUGAGGCAGAGAGGUCCCUGGCUCACUGGCUCUCUCUCCCCUAACCCCAUUCCUGGU